GGAAAUUUUCGGAACGGCAAAACCUUACGGACCAUCCCCGAAAUGGAUGGUGGAUGGUGGAUGGUCGUCAGUGUGAAUAGCCGAUGGUUUUUAAGGGCAAUGAGUGGCAAUAAAAAGUAGUUCGCGCCUAGGUUCAUUUCAAAUCGUUUAAGACCAUAAAAUUACACCAGAAACAUGUAGUAUACAUCUGUGUGUUUGUGGUCUGUCCUUCUUGUCUGCAUUAGUUCUCCCACUUUUCCACCCCAUUUUUCGUAUCCCCAAAUCUGCUCAGCUGGGCUGGCGACAUUUGUCAAGUUGUUUUGAUUUGAUUAUUCAAAAUAACAAAAAAAACAAAUUUGGCAAGUUAGUACGCUCCGUUAAGAAAAACAUAACAAAAUACUCGUAAAGCUAAAAUAUACGUUAAUAUACAGCUCACAACGUUUUUUUUUUUGCAAGAUGUUGCGUCAAUUAAAGCUGACGUUGAAUAUUUCCCGAUGGAUUUUUAUGCCCUGGCAGCGCCAAGCCUCAGCCUCCAGCAGCCAGAUGCCGCCCUUCCUGGCCCCCAUUAGCGACGACGUGAUUGUGGACUACGAGGAUCCGGAUUACUUGCCGCUGCCGGAGUACCCGGUGCGUCCCAACGAGCCCCUGGAGACACGCAAACAGCGUUUGCUCUAUCAAUCGCGUAAGCGUGGAAUGCUGGAGAACGAUAUACUUCUGAGCACCUUUGCCGCCAAAUACUUGAAGGACUUCAGACCCCACCAAACGAAUCCAAUCCUCUUAGCUGUAAGGACUAUAAAUUAUUUAUGCAGUCGAUUAAAAAAACAAUACUUUGAAGCUUAAGAAAUAA